CGGGAGAACGUGGAGUCACUACCCUGUUGGAUCCCGUCUGAGAUACUCCUGUCGCCCAGGAUACACUUUGGAUCCUGGAAAGUUAUCUGUAGUUACAUGUGAUGCAGAUUCAACGUGGUCAUUAGACCCUGAGUUUUGUAUAGGUCACUUUAAGAGCAGCUGACAUACCAACUUCCAGUCAUUUCUGUUUUCUGAGUCGACUGCUCUCAGAUGGUCAUAAGAGGAGGGAUAGAUUUACCAUCUUUCUUGACCCUUUUUAUGCAUCAGCAUGUUACAGAUCCUAGACAGCAACUUCAGAAUAAUGCAUUUCUUGUCUAUGAGAGACCCCAUUGUCCAUAUGAUGCUCCUGUGACUAUUGGGAGGCAUUCAGUGCCCACCAGUGAUGAUGCUGGAUUUUGAUAUUUUACCUAUGCUAGUCCAUUUUAAAUGGAGGUAUAAAAUAAAGGACAUUUAAACCUUAACCUGCUUUAAUUUCCCCAAUGAUCUUGGUUCUAACCAUGUCACAUCUUGUCCAGUGUUCUAUGCAAAUACUCAAAUACAGCUACAACUCCAACUCACUGCAGUUAAAUUCAUCAUGUUCAUUGGAUUUCAUUCCUGGCUUGGGGAACAUUACAAAUUCUGCAACCAAGUGAAAAACCCUGGUGUACUGUCUCUUUUUGAAAAAUUGAAGUCUCACUAUUCCUAAUGCCUAUGUGAGGAGGAAUGAUUUAUUUAUUUAUUAUUGGUUAUUAUCUUAGAAAACUAAUGAAUAUAGAAUUCAGCCAUAGUAAAAUUACUUUACUAAAAGUAAACCCAGUAUUGAAUAACAAUAUGUAUUACAAACUUGAUAAAAUACUAAUUCAUAAUAAAAUUCCUUUGGAUUCCAGCACCACUCAAGUUUGGCCUAGUCAUCCUGAUGACAGCAGCCUGGGUAGGCAGAGGAGAAUUAGGGGGUUUGUGGGGACAUGGGGCAGAGCAAGUGGUGGGGUCCCUUCCCACCCCUUCUACCUGCAGGAUCCCAUCUUCCUCCCUGGGCACUCCAGCCAGGGAGUGGGGUCAGGGCAUGGAGACUUGCUGGAACUCCUGCAAGACCAUGUGCCCUGACCCUGCUCCCCAGCAGGAGCGCUGGGUAGGUCGGGGUGCAGGGGCACCCAUUUUUCUGGGGGUCCCCAAUUGGCAAAGGCCCUGUUGGGUCAGUGGUUAAUCUGCCACUGUGGGUAGGCCAAAUCUGAGUGGCACUGCAACCCCAUGAGCCAGGUCACAACUCCACUUUCACAAAUCUGAUCCAGUCGCGGGGCAGGGGCCAAACCGUAAUGACGUUACAAUCCUGGAGCUUGCAACGACUGAAGCAGAGAGACCAGCUCAGCUCAGCCAGCCCCUUGGCACGGGAACUGCAGGAACCACCACUGUGGGGAAGACCAUGUAAACCACUAGAACUAGAAAAUGGCAGAGUGCAUUUAACCAGUUUCUGGUUUGGUGCAACAGCAAACUUCUCCUGUAGUGAAGGUUACAAAUUAAUUGGCCGGACUUCUGCCCAAUGUGUGCUUGUGAAAAAUGGAGUUGAUUGGGAUCAGGAGACUCCAUUUUGCAAAGUAAUCCCUUGUCUUCCACCUCCUGAUAUCACCCAUGGAUCCCAUAAUGCUCUGAGUGGAGAAGAGUUUUUCUUUGGCUUAAAAGUAACUUACAAAUGUGACCCGGGCUUCUCUCUUAUUGGAGAGGCCUCUGUUUUUUGUACAACGAAAGAUAAUGUCAAUGGAGAGUGGAGUGGGCCUGCCCCUGAAUGCAAAGUGGUCAAGUGUCCAGAGCCAGAAGUCAAAAAUGGAAAAAAACACUCUGGGUUUGGACCUGACUAUUCAUAUGGAAACAUUGUAAUAUUUGAAUGUGAUUCUGGCUACACUCUGAAGGGUAGCAGUUCAGUUAAAUGUGAAGCUAAUAAUUCAUGGGUUCCAUCUUUGCCCACCUGUCUACGCAUAAUACAGACUUCUCCUUCAGGAGGGAUAAAAGAUACUUCUGCAAGAUCAUGCCCUCACCCUGGAAAGCCAGAAAAUGGCAGACUUGUUGUUCUAACAGAUCUCAUGUUUGGUGCAACAAUAAACUUCAUCUGUGAAGAGGGGUACAGACUAAUUGGACAUGCACAAAGAAAAUGUGUGCUUGAAGGAUCACAAGUUAUAUGGGACAAAGAUAUUCCAUACUGUCAAUUGAUAGCUUGCCUGCCUCCUCCAGAAAUAGAGCACGGGACACAUACUGGGACAACGAUGGAGGAAUUCAACUAUGGGACAUCUGUCACUUACCAGUGUGACACUGUAGAGAGAGGACAGGUUCCUUUCUCACUUAUUGGAGAGCCCUCCAUUCACUGUACAUCCACAGAUAAUGUAAAUGGAGACUGGAGCGGGCCUGCCCCUGAAUGCAAAGUCGUUCGCUGUGAACAGCCAAGAGUUGACCAUGGAAAACAGAUGACCGGAUAUAGUCCGGUAUACACCUACGGAGCCUCUGUUCUGUUUGAGUGUGACCACCGCUACACCCUCAAAAGCAGUAACGUACUUCAUUGCAAUGAAAAUAGUAGAUGGGAUCCUCAGUUACCUGUUUGUGAGCGAAGUGUCAUAUGGUGACGACCACCUCCUUCAAUCUGACUCUGCAGCCCUUGGUUGCCCAAGAUUCAGGGACAGCCAGUUUGAUGUCUCCUUUGUUUUAAGAGAGGAAAUAGUGACUGCUGUGUAAGCUUGCAUGCCUCUGUGCUGACACAGCUCCAUGAUACUUCAGUUAAAUGACUCGUAUGCUGAAAACAGGGAUUCCAGUUUUAUUCUAUCGCAGGCAGUGUUGCUCAGUGGAUAGAGCACUGAAGUGGGACUCAGGAGACCUGGGUCCUAUCCCUGCUGAGUGAUCUUGGGCAAGUCACUUCCUCACUCUGUGGCCCAGUUUCCCCUGUAAAAUGGGAAUAAUGAUACUGAGGUUCUUUGUAAAGUGCUUUGAGAUCUACUGAAGAAGAGCUAUGUAUUGCUGUUUAUGUAUUGUAUAAGUUCUUAAACUGCACUCAUCACCAGAAUAUCUGAGUGCCUUCCAGUAUUGCAUUAAAUAAUGU